UUCCUGUCUGCUGAUCCAGUCUUCUGUCUCCUCAGUUGCAGUUCCCCAAGUGUCCAGCAGAGGUCAGACAUGCCACGCAUCAACCCCAGCGAGUUGCACUCAGUCCUGCUCUCUCUCCUUCAGCACUGCCUCAACAGCACAGGUGUAGUGUCUCCACAGACAACUCAGAACUACACUACCCAGGGAACCAGGGUCCAAAAUCAGUCUCAGGGCAUGGUGUACAUCUUCCUGGUGGUCGGCAUGUUCAGCUUCUUCACCUGUGGCAUCAUGCUCAGCUACAUUCGCUCUAAGAAGCUGGAGAACUCUCAGGAUCCGUACCACCAGUACAUUGCUCACGACUGGACCAAGGUGGUGACUCCGUCCAGGGCUGUGGCCGAGGCUCUGCAGAGGGAGGUAGAGAGUCCCAGAGCCGGCAGCAAGGAGCCUGUCAUCAUCUGUAACCCUUCAACAGUGGAGCCGCUGCAGGACAGGGAUACAACAAGACUCUAA